AUGGCGCCCAAUUCACAGCAGCUGGUCAAAGGACACCAUGUCGGCAAAGAGAAUAUCCCGCCGGCUCCAGAAACGCUCACCGAUGUGCUCGGCCGCUUGAGUCUCGAUGGAGGUGAUUCCGUCCCAGUGGUGAAGACCAUCGUGCCCCCAGCGCCGAGCCUCCUGAACCCUUCCGUGAUAGCUGAACGAGCUAUGCACAUGCGCUUUACCGAGGAGGCACUCGAUAUGGCACGCCUUGCACUCAGAACCAAUGAGACUCCAGUCGGUUGUGUCAUUGUACACAAUGGAAAGGUCAUUGCUAGAGGCAUGAAUGCUACCAACGUCACUCGAAAUGGAACCCGCCAUGCCGAGUUCAUGGCUAUUUCAGCUCUUCUCUCCUUGCCCGGCAAGACUGGCCCCAGGACCACUUGUCUCAAACCAAAAGUGGAAAGCCCUACUUCCCUCGAGACUUCGGAUGCCUCAUCGAACGAUUCACAGGCCCCGGAUGAGGGCAACGAAGAUGGUAGCAAGGGACACCUCUAUCCAUAUGGCCAAAAGUGGCAUCCGGACCCGCGAGUUGAUCGUUCCAUCAUCCGAGAAAGCAUCCUCUACGUCACUGUCGAACCCUGCGUUAUGUGUGCUUCGCUCCUUCGACAACUUGGUAUCAAGAAAGUCUAUUUUGGUGCCGUAAAUGACAAAUUCGGCGGGACUGGCGGUGUCUUCAGCAUCCAUGCAAACUCUUUGCCCGUUAGGGAUGACGGGCAGACCGCAAGCGCCCACCCUACCCCGAGGCCUAGUCAACUUCCUGAUGGAAGUGGCACGUUGGGAGUAUCGUUUCCUCCUGGCGGCGGAGAUGGUGGAAAUAUUGAGGCUGGAUACGAGAUCGAAGGCGGCUGGGGUCGCGAUGAGGCAGUGGCUUUGCUGCGGCGAUUCUACGUGCAAGAAAACGGACGAGCUCCGGUUCCACGCAAGAAAGAAGGUCGCGCCGCACGCUUGGCUGCCAUGAUGGAGAAGGACGGCGACGGUUUGCCGGAGGAUGCUAUGAACGACUCCGCGCAGGAUGCUGAGCAAGGUGACUUGAUCCCACUCGCAGAUGUGUUGAAAGAUCAAGUAAACAUUGCCAACGGACGAGUAUAA